UUGUCCCUCUUCCUGCUUCCUAGGUUAUGAUAAUUACCCGAGAAUCAUUGCGGGGAAGAGCUAAUACCUAUCAACGGGAAUUGCCCCAGAUCUACAAUUGGUCAAAGCUUGUCAGUAUCUGCCCAAUGAAAGGGGUAUUUACACCAUAGUUCAAUCUCAAGGCGCGGCAUAAUGGAGGUUCACAGUUGUAUUCCGAACUGGUCGUUUCAUGCAAGAGGGGCAUCGCUUUAGCAUGUCCGGCGGUCCGGAUCGAUCAACCCUCGUAAGAUAGGGGAGGAUGCAGGUCAUAUAAAGGACUUCUUGGCAACCAUGGCCAAUGGAGCUCUGGAUCUCGAGGUCUCUGACAUUUGUGAUUUUUUUCCCUUAGAUUUGCCAUUCAGAAUUCCCGUAUUAUCAUCAUGGCUGAGCCCGCCGGCAAACGCAAACGCAUCAAUGCGUACAUUGUCUUUAUCCUUAUAUUCGUGGGCUUCGGUUCUAUGACCUAUGGCUACACAGCAUCGAUCAUUGGUACCACUCUCGGGCAGCCCUCUUUCAUCGAGUACUUCGCUCUAGAGACUCGCUCCAAUGGCACAGACCUGAUCUCGUCCACCAACGGCCUUUUCCAAGCAGGAGGUGUCAUUGGAACAUUGAUGCUUCCCUGGGUAUCCGACAGAUGGGGUCGCAAAUGGGGAAUUGCCGUUAGCGCCUUUCUUGCUUUGAUCUCUGGUGCCGUUCUAGCCGGAUCGACGGAUAUCGCCGAGUUCCUGGUGUUUCGAUUCAUCGCUGGAGCAGGUGCGUUCAUGGCGCUCGCUGCUGUUCCGAUCUGGAUGAACGAAGUCGUCCCCGUCCAUUUCCGCGGCGGCUUGGUCGACAUUCACGCCGUCUGCCUGAUCUUCGGCUACACGGUCCAAGGCUGGGUUGGCCUCGGCUUCUACUUCUGGGAUGGUGGCGAGAACACAUGGAGACCUCCACUGGGACUCCAGUGCGCCUGGCCAUUUAUUCUUCUGUGUGGAUUAUAUUGGAUCCCUGAAUCUCCAAGGUGGCUCGUCAUGAAAGACCGGAUGGAUGAGGCUCAAGCAAUCCUGAACAAGCUCCAUUCAGACCCGUCGGACCCGGAGAAUACGGAGGCAAGAGCGGAAUUCUACCAGAUUCGGAAGCAGAUUGCAAUUGACCGGACGCUUGGCUCCUCGUGGCUCACCAUCAUGAGGAAGCCGUCGUAUCGAAAACGUGCAUUCUUAGCCAUGGGCACGACAUUUAUCAUCCAAUGUUCAGGGGUUUUGGUGGUCAACAACUACGGACCUACCCUGUAUAAAAAUCUCGGAUUUAGCCCUGUCAAGCAGCUGCUGUAUCCAGCGGCAUGGCUGACCUUCGCCCUGGGGCUCAAUGCCAUGGCCAUUUGGACCGUGGACCUCUUCCCCCGGCAAAAGUACAUGGCCUUUGGCGUUCUGGGCUGCAUGCUCACUCUUGUCGUUGAAGCAGCACUCGUAGCGGAAUUUGUUCCCUCAGAUAAUGAGAGUGCAUUGCAGGCAGCCGUGGCGAUGUUCUUCAUCUACCAAGUCUUCUACAGCUUCUGCCUUGAUGGGACGCAAUUCUCAUAUCUCGGUGAGCUGUUCCCGACGCAUCUUCGCGCCAAAGGAAUAGCUCUGGGAGUUGCGAUGAUUUCUCUCACUAACAUCGUAUGGCUGCAAGCCGCGCCUACUGCUUUCAAGAACGUUGGAUGGAAGUUCUAUCUCGUAUUCAUUAUCGCUUCGGCAAUUGGAGGGGUGGUCAUGUGGUUUUACUUCCCUGAUACAAAAGGCCUUCCGCUGGAGGAAAUCGCUGCAAUCUUUGGCGACACAGACGAUGUCGCGGUAUAUCGGCGCGAAAUUGACAUUCAUGGGAACAUCAUUGAAGACCAUCACG